CCUUGGUUCGAACGAUGAGUGAUGUAAUUAAUCCAUAUCUGAAAAGUCAUCAGGAGAAAUGUUUAUUGCAAGGAACAUCGAAUCCAAAAUCGGAAUGGGAUACAAAAAAUGACAGUGAAAUAAAAUACUUCACGAUGGAUUUCAAGAAUUACACGAUAACAAAGAUGAAUCACCUUAUUUGCCCAGAGGACGUCAAUGAUGUUCAUGUUAGAAAGUUGUUGCAGUUAGCAACUUUCAAUGAUAGUGAAUUAAUAGACGACUACAUAAUGGAGUACGUUGGUGCGAUUAAGGAUCAAUAUGAUGUUGUUAGUUUGGCAAUUUAUUAUUCUAUAAAAUUCUAUUUUCCGAUUACUCAAAUCGCAACAUUACUGAAUACAUGUUGCUCUGAUACGGGAACUUGUGUAAAUGGUUUUACACUGUUACAAACAAUGAUACUUUGUAAUAGAAGUAAGGAAGAAAUUGAAAUUGCAGUAGAAGCCGGGAUUUUCAAAACCGGAUACUCACAAAUGACGAACAAUAAAAUAAUUACCAUUGAAUGUAAACAAAUUAUUAAAUUGAAAAAUGAUUCUUCGAACAAUUUAAAAAAUUAUUUUGACAUCAUAGAAUAUCUUAUAAGUAUCGAACCAGAUCAGCCCAGUAUUGAAGAUUUUUCUUACCUUGCCUAUGUUUGUUUUACAAAUAAGGAUAUGAUUUUUGAGCAUAGAUUGUGGGAAAGAAUAACAAACUUAAGUGAAAAAUUUGAAAUUUUUCAUGUCCUUAUGCAGAGAUUGGAAAUCUACGGGGAAAAAAGACUUACUGAAGAUAAUAAAUACACCAUUUUGUCGCUCUUAAAACUAAGCUUUGAAAAAGUUGCCAUAAUUUUUCAGAAAAAAGAAUUGGAAGAUUCUGUGAAUUCAAAACUGACACACUUUGAACUGUUUGGAUCUCUAGUACUUACUCAUUUUACAAAGGCUAAACGAUUAGCGUCAAAAAUAAGGAAGGCUGUUGUUAAUUUGUUAAUUUAAACAAAAAUAACAAUUAAAAAUUUUUAAAUUAAAUUUAAAUAUUAUAUAAUUUGGAUACGAUUAAAAAAAUUUUUCUUUCAACUAACUGCAUUUUUUUACAGGAUUUACUAAAGUAUUAAGCGAUCUUCCGAUUUACUUUCCCGAUGAGAUUUCCCGAUGAGAAACUAAAUUAAACGUCGAAGAGAAGAAAAUGAAAUCUAAUAGGUUGUCGAUGAAAGGCAGUGAAAAAUCUAAUCCCAUCGAUAAUAUGCGCUCGAUGAUUGGAAAACAGUAGCGUGGGCCCUCUCAUACAAUCAAUUUUUCAAGUUUUGUGCCACAAUUUUGAAGAUUUAUCCUUUUCGUCAAUUUUUAAAAUAACAAGGUAAAAUUGAGAGUAUUUUUUUUUCGUCUCGCAUGUCGUAACGGAUAACAGCAAUAACAUUCCACGGUACGAAUACCGUUCUCUUUUUAAUUUAUCUCACUUUCAGCAAGACUCUGCUGUCAGUAAAAGUUAGCUGAUCCAUUUUUGGACUCUUUCACUAACGAGAACUAUUUAUAUAAGAGACGGAGAUGCUCACGACUGAUAAAUCGGUCGCAGAAAAAUAGACAACUCAUCGCACUAUUCAUGACACAUUUCACAAACUAUUGAUCGACCGGUAUUAAUCUUCAGAAUAUACCUUAAUCCUUCAACUGCAGCUGGACUCUCGCAGUAAUAUUGAAUGCAUUUUUUUUAAUCAUUAUUCGUUGUCUUGGCUUUUUCUGAUUCAGACUUUAAUGAACUUCUCUUUUUUUCUUCUGAGUUUACGUUCAAUAUUAAAAAAAAGAAAACUUUACUUCAUAUUUGCCCUUGUCGAUUUAGACAUCGAAAAAAUAAUUGUUUUUUGCUUCCUCGUGGAGGAAGCUAUGUAGUCCUUUCGUUUAUAAACUUUUUAAAAAUGGUGAAAACAAAUUUUCCUCUAUAUAGAAACAUGUUAUAUGAGAUCCUGAUCAAUUGUCCGGAUGUAUGUAUGUGUGUGUAUGUGUGUGUGUGUGUGUAUGUGUGUGUGCAUCGUUUUUGUGAACACGAUAUCCUUAACAGGUUUUAAUGGAUUUGGAUAAAAUUUGGUAGGCUUAUUUAACACAUUAAUCUCUCAAAAAUGACGAAAGGAUUUUUAAAAAUACCCAAAAAAAAAAAAUUUUAUCGUCUUUUUUCCAAAAAUUUUUUUUUAAUUGAAAAAUUUUUUAAAUCGAAAAAUUUAAGGU